AUGGGGAGGAGGAUAUUGAACGAUGCAUUGAGGGCAAUAGUGAAUGCAGAGAGGAGAAACAAAUCUACUGUGGAGUUACGGCCCAUUUCUACUGUCAUGUCUUCUUUCCUUAAGGUCAUGAAAGAUCGAGGAUAUAUUAAAACAUUUCAUGUUCAUGAUCCACAUAGAGUGGGAAGGAUAACUGUUGAAUUACAGGGCAGGGUUAAUGAUUGUCGAGCUCUCACUUACAAGCAAGACAUUAAGGCAAAGGAUAUAGAAGCUUACAGAAUGCGAACCCUUCCCACACGCCAGUGGGGUUUUGUUGUGAUCACAACUCCAGAUGGUAUAUUGGAUCAUGAAGGAGCUAUCAAUCGAAAUGUGCCAAUGGCUCCUUUAUCAUCUAGUCAAGUUCAGACUUCGCAAGACUUGAAUGAUAUCAUGGAUGUGACAAAGCAUGCUCUUGAGAGGUUCAGUAAGAUUGUAUCCAUGAAAAACGGAGGAGAUUAUGAAGAUAUGAGAACAGAAUAG